AUAAGAAUGCAAUGAGAAAUGAGUACUAGUAAAUAUAACAUAUGCAUGGAUUGAUGAGCUGCUGAACUAUAUAUACAAACACUGCAGGUCCAGACUCUCGAGCUUGAUGAUGUCCAGUGUCCCACACCAGCCUCAUCAUGUCACCUAGCAAAAGCAAUUUGUUCUAUGCCAAACCUGACUGACCUAACACUUGGUAUGGAUCUCAAUGAGGAGUUCUACUCUACAUUGAAAGCAAAGGCAUCGUCUAUACAGGUCCGGACUUUCAACCUUCGAGAUGUCCGGUGUCCCACACCAGCCUCAUCACGUCACCUAGUAGACGCACUUUGUUCAAUGCCACACUUGACUGACUUGAGACUCUAUGAAGGGGAUUUACGUGAGGAGUUCUACUCUACAUUGAAAGCAAAGGCAUGGUCUAUGCAGGUCCAAACUCUCAAGCUUCACGUUGUUUGGUGUCCCACACGAGCCUCAUUACAUGACUUAGCAGAAGCACUUUGUUCUAUGCCAAACCUGACUGACCUGAUUCUUAGAAUGGAUUUCAAUGAGGAGUUCUGCUCUGCAUUGAAAGCAAAUGCAUCAUCCAUACAGGUUCAGACUCUCAAGUUUGAGGACGUCCAGUGUCCCACACCAGCCUCAUCACAUCAUCUAGCAGAAGCACUUUGUUCUAUGCCAAACCUGACUGACCUGAUUCUUAGAAUGGAUUUCAAUGAGGAGUUCUGCUCUGCAUUGAAAGCAAAUGCAUCAUCCAUACAGGUUCAGACUCUCAAGUUUGAGGACGUCCAGUGUCCCACACCAGACUCAUCACAUCAUCUAGCAGAAGCACUUUGUUCUAUGCCAAACCUGACUGACCUGAUUCUUAGAAUGGAUUUCAAUGAGGAGUUCUGCUCUGCAUUGAAAGCAAAUGCAUCAUCCAUACAGGUCCAGACUCUCAAGCUUGAAGAUAUCCAGUGUCCCACACCAGCCUCAUCACAUCAUCUAGCAGAAGCACUUUGUUCUAUGCCAAACUUGACUGACCUGUCACUUGGUAUGGAUCUCAAUGAGGAGUUCUACUCUACAUUGAAAGCAAAUGCAUCAUCCAUACAGGUAUGUGUUUCCUCAUGUUACAGUUAUUGAGAGGGUCAUUGAAAGAAAGAAAGAGUAGUAACACUUAUAUGGUGAAGAUGUAUAUAUGUUUUAGGUUUUCAAAUUACACUUUUAUUUAGGCCAUUCACUUGAUAUAUCAGAAUGGUCAUGAAACGUG